AUGGACACAGUCUUUCUGGAUAAGGCGUUGGCGUUGAACAUGAAUGAGAAGCCAACGAGCGGAUUGAAGGAGAAUCCAAUACACAGCGUGAACGAGCAGAAGUUCAUUGAUGCGAACUCUGAUAUCUCUGAUUCUGAUCAAUCCACGCCCGAUCUACAAGUAAAGACAAAUUCACGCUCGAAUUCUCAGACAUCCUCUGAUAGAAACUCACGCUAUCAGACGAUGCAGGUACAACUACAGUUACAGUCCCAGCCACAGCCAUCAGUCCAACACCCACAGCAGCCACCUCCACCGCAUUCUCCACCACCGCAGAUCCCCCUCUCCCAAGAGCACCUACACGUAAACUUCCCUACGCCACCUUCAUUCAGACAAUACCACAACCUGCCCUUCCCAAAUGAUCAAUCGACCAUUCCAGGAACUCCCCCACUUAGCCCACCUAUCACAAACAGCGCUGGAUACUUUACCCACCCAAAUUCCUCCAGGAUAAAGUCCAGCUAUGAUUUUGGCGGUGGCUAUCUUAAUGGCGGCGGCGGUGGCAGUGUCAACGGCCUCGGCAACACCAACACCAACACAAACUACCUCAACUCCUCCUCCACAAACCUCAACGAAUCCGCUCAAAGAAGCUCAGAUCUUGCUAAUUGGGCUCCGUCUAGAGCAACGCCCGCUCAGCAAUCCUCUAACAUCGCAAACCUCCCUGACUGGAGGAUCAUUGAAGGCGACAGAAAAGCUCAGACUUCUCUGCCAACUUCGCUAGUCCAGGCCGAUUUAGAUUACUCAAUGCGCCAUCUUCUAUCUGAAAAUGUCUUUGAGGAGUUGAUCAGAGAUCCACUCGGCAGACACAGAUUCAGAGAGUACCUCGAGCAAUCCUCAUCCCCAUCCACCUACAAACUUGACUACUGGACCGAUGUGGACGUCUUUGAGCGCAUCGUAGGUCAAAUCAGGGCUGGCUCACAAGCUCUCCACGACUUGUACAUUGCUCCGUCUUCGAAUACUAAAGUCGAUAUGCCUCCAAAUCAUUCAGAAAUGGUGUUCCACAGACUGAGAUACCUCAAUGAGCUCGAUUCUGGCCUUCUUCACUCCCAAACCAAUCUCCUCCACUCUCUCUACGAGAUUGACUUCCAAAAUUUCAUCAGACACAAGCUCAUUGAGAGGAGCAAGGUGAGACUCGGGAAGGAAAAUCUCAACGAUCUCGAGCGCAAUGGCCUCGGGGACUCAUUCGUACUCACAAACCCAAGACUGAGAGAUCACCCUAUUGUCAUGUCCAGUCUUGGUUUCACGAAGGUCAGUGGAUUCGACAGAACUACCAUUAUAGGACGCAAUUGCAGAUUCUUGCAGGGUCCAGGUACAGCGCCAGCCUCUGUGCAGCGUAUAAGAGACGCACUCAACAAUGCCGAGCCGAUUACAGAGCUACUUCUCAAUUACCGUCGCGAUGGCACACCGUUCUUCUGUCUGGUGAACAUCAUCCCGCUCCGCGACACCAAAGGCCAAGUAGCGUACUUUAUCGGUGGACAGGUGAACGUAACUGGGAUACUAUCAUCCAAGAAGAAUCUAUCAUUCUUGGUUGGUGGGAGUGCACCAUAUAUCUCCAACGAGGCUGUCAGUAACACCGCCGUCGCAUUCUCGCCGACGAUGCAGCGUUACAAUAACCACGAAAGGCAACCAGAGUCGAUGAGCAGAGUUGGCGCAGGCAGCAUUGCAGCUGGUAGUUUUGAAGACCAGUCUACAAAGGAGGCCUUCAACGGUGCGCGUGCGUUUGAUCAUUUCCAGCCAGAACCUGAGAAAUCCGGUAACAUUCUCAGUCGUCUGUUCAACUCUUCUCAGGCUAAAAAGGAUAAACGCGCACAAGAUAAGUCUGCACAACGUCUCCCUGGCGCUGAGAAUAUGCUCGGGAAGGAGGCACAACCGAUCGAGAAGCAGAUGGAGUUCUUCAACCACACUUACAACAAACUUAUGAUAGUGAAGCGUGAGAAGAGGGAGAUUGUAUUUGUGACAAAGGAGUUGCUGGGAUAUUUAGGACUUCCAACUGAAACAAUCAAACAAUGCACUGACAGUCAACUAAACCACCAAGAUCUUAUUCAAUUACUGACGUGUGGAUCAGAACAUCGUCUCGAAUCGAAACGCAUCAAGACGGCACUCAAGCAGGCGUUUAAAGAGGGUAUACCACUUAGUGUCACUUGCGGUAUCAAAUGUAGAUCUAAAUUCAGUCUUAGAGGCAACUCGUCGAAUACUGAUAUACGAUUUGGCGUGUUGCAUGCAACGCCGCUCGAGGAUCGUGAUGGAGGAGUGUAUGCGUAUGCUGUAGUUUUUGGAUAG